CGCGCAGUUGUCCAGGGAAGAGCACGUUGCUGUAACUGCUGCUCUCCAGUGACUUAAUUUGUGUAUUCACACCCACCAUAUUCAUUGACAAAGCAAGAUUAUCUCACUUUCGUUAUCCUGCGAGUAAAGCUUCACUGAAAUACUAGACCUAAUAUAUGCUUGGAAACUGGUUGCUGUGAGAGUAGCGUUUUUGGCCUUAAUUAACGUGCCACAUCUUCCCCUGUUACGUAAAUAUCUGCACUUCACAGCAUCUGCAAGGUAGAGAAUGGUGGAGUCGUGGGAGUACCCCCCGGCCCAGGGGCUUUACGAUCCAUCCAACGAGACCGCUGCUUGUGGCGUUGGCUUCAUUGUCAACAUAGAUGGCGUCGCCUCGGCUAAGGUGAUCCGUGAUGCUGAGAAGUUGUCCCAGCGCAUGUCUCAUCGUGGCGCCUGCUCCUGUGACAAUGACACAGGUGAUGGUGCUGGGCUCAUGGCUGCCAUCCCUCACCAUUUCUAUAAGCAGCUCGUCUGGGAAGAGCAUGGCGUAUCACUGCCGGAGCCUGGUCGCUAUGCCACUGGAAUUUUCUACUUGGAUAAGACCCAUCACGUGGAGAGUGAGCGGCUCUUCUCUGAACUGGCAGACAAACACAGCCUCAAGGUGUUGUGUUGGCGGAGUGUACCAACGGACCGCUCAGUGCUGGGAGAGGUGGCCCGGGGCUCUGAACCCUUCAUGAAGCAGGUGUUUGUUGCUGCUCCUGACCACUAUGAUCAACAAACCUUUGCUAAAAUGGUGUGGGUCACCAGGAAGCAGGCCACUCACAACCUUGUACGACCUGGCUGUAGGUUCUACAUUUGUUCCCUCUCCACUACCACCAUUGUUUACAAGGGUCAGCUCACCUCUGAUCAAGUGUGGACUUACUUUCAUGAUCUAAGAAAUCCUGACUUCUCUACUUACCUGGCCUUGGUACACACAAGGUUCUCAACCAACACCUUUCCAUCCUGGGAGCGCGCUCACCCUCUCAGAUUAAUGGCACACAAUGGCGAGAUCAAUACCCUGCGUGGUAAUGUGAAUUUGAUGAAGGCGAGAGAAGGAGUGAUGAAGAGUGCAGAGUUUGGCAGUGAACUCUCAACACUCUACCCUGUGGUAGAGCCCAAUUUGUCAGAUUCUGGUGCUGUGGACUGCUGCUUGGAGUUCCUGGUUAUGGCUGGUGGUCGCUCUUUGCCAGAGGCCAUCAUAACCAUGGUCCCUGAAGCAUGGCAGAAUGAAAAGCUGAUGAACCCCGAAAAGCGGGACUUCUAUCGUUGUGCUUGUGCAAUGGAGCCAUGGGAUGGACCUGCACUGAUGACAUUCACCGAUGGUCGCUAUAUUGGAGCUAUUCUGGACAGGAAUGGUCUGCGUCCUUCUCGCUAUUACGUCACCAAAGAUCGAGUGCUGGUGAUGGCUUCAGAAGUGGGCGUAUAUGACACAGAGCCCGAGAAUAUUCUGCAGAAGGGUCGACUGAAACCCGGUCGCAUGCUGUUGGUAGACACACACGAAAAAGUUGUGACAAAAGAUGAAGAGCUGAAGUUACAAAUAGCAAGGUCAAGACCUCAUUCACAGUGGAUUCAGGAGCAGUUUACGUUGGAUGACUUGUAUGCUGUUCAUGAAGGUGACUUGUCACAAGAAUCACCUGAAAAUGAUAAUAUAAAUGUGGAAGUCAAUGGAGAGGAAAAUGGCACCACGAUACGCUCGUAUGGGGGCGAUCGUCGUCUUGGCAUGUUUGGCUAUACCAUUGAAACACUUAAUAUGUUGCUCUUGCCAAUGGUGACAACUCAGAAAGAAGCUUUAGGUUCCAUGGGUAACGAUGCUCCACUAGCAUGCCUCUCGGAGUUUCAACCUCUCAUUUACGACUACUUCAAGCAGCUGUUCGCCCAGGUCACCAACCCUCCCAUUGAUCCUUUCCGUGAAAAAAUUGUGAUGUCGCUUGCUUGUCCUAUUGGACCUGAAGCAAAUAUCCUUGAGCCAAGUCCUCAGCAGUGCCAUCGCAUCUUCUUGGAGAAUCCAAUUCUUUCAAUUGAGGAUCUUGAGGUAAUUAAGGCUACAAAGCACCGAGGAUGGCGCACGUAUGUUGUCGAUAUAACCUACCCAAUAUCAGAAGGCACACACGGGCUUGUUCCAGCAUUAGAUCGCAUUUUCAGAGAAGUGCAUCACAUGUGUGUACUCCUGGGCUAUGGUGGUGAUGCUGUCUGCCCAUACUUAGUCUUUGAGACAAUGGACACUCUUCGCUCUGAGGGUGUCAUUAGUUCCAGUCUUACCAAUAAGGAUAUAUACAAGAACUACAUUGCUGCGAUGGAACGUGGUCUCUCCAAAGUGAUGGCCAAGAUGGGCAUUUCAACACUCCAGUCUUAUAAAGGGGCACAGAUCUUCGAAGCUGUUGGCAUUUCAGAGGAAAUCAUAAACAAAUGCUUCAAGGGUAUGCUUUUAUUGGAGGAGUUUACCUUUGAAACCCUGGCUAGUGAAUCGCUUGAACGUCACACACUCAGCUAUGGAGAUAAUGAAUGUGAUACUCUGGUGCUAAGAAACCCUGGCUACUAUCACUGGAGAAGUGGUGGAGAGAAACACAUAAAUGACCCUGUGUCUAUUGCUAAUCUGCAGGAUGCUUCAAGAACCAAUAACAAGUCACAGUAUGACAAGUUCAAAGAAUCAACUAUGCAAAGUGUCAAAGCAUGUACCUUACGUGGACAACUGGAGCUUGUAAAAUUGGAGAAUCCAAUUGACAUAUCGGAGGUUGAGCCUGCUUCAGAGAUUGUGAAGAGAUUUGCUACUGGUGCCAUGAGUUUUGGUUCCAUUUCCAUUGAAUCCCAUACAACAUUGGCUAUUGCCAUGAACCGCGUGGGUGCCAAAUCAAACACAGGAGAGGGAGGAGAAAAUUCUGAUAGAUACAUGAACCAGGACCCAGAAAAUAACAAGCGCUCAGCCAUCAAGCAAGUAGCUUCUGGACGAUUUGGUGUUACUGCAUCGUACCUAGCCAAUGCUGAUGAUCUGCAGAUUAAAAUGGCUCAAGGUGCCAAGCCUGGAGAAGGUGGUGAACUUCCUGGCUAUAAGGUUACUGAAGAUAUUGCUAAAACCCGCUACUCUGUUGCUGGAGUAGGUCUGAUAUCUCCUCCACCUCACCAUGAUAUCUACAGCAUUGAAGACUUGGCUGAACUCAUUUAUGAUCUUAAAUGUGCUAAUCCAAAUGCCCGAAUCUCUGUCAAGCUGGUGUCUGAAGUUGGUGUUGGUGUGGUAGCCUCUGGAGUGGCAAAGGGUAAAGCUGAGCACAUAACCAUCUCUGGUCACGAUGGCGGUACUGGAGCCAGCAGCUGGACAGGUAUCAAAAGUGCAGGUCUUCCUUGGGAACUUGGCAUAUCAGAGACUCACCAGACUCUCGUCCUGAAUAAUCUGAGGUCUCGGGUUGUUCUACAGGCUGAUGGACAGAUUCGCUGUGGGAUGGAUGUUGUGAUUGCCGGUAUGUUGGGUGCUGACGAGUUUGGCUUCAGCACUGCACCACUUAUUGUUAUGGGCUGUACCAUGAUGAGGAAAUGUCACAUGAACACUUGUCCGGUUGGCAUUGCUACUCAGGACCCUGAACUGAGGAAGAAAUUUGAGGGCAAACCAGAGCAUGUGGUUAAUUAUUUAUUCAUGUUAGCUGAAGAGGUCCGUGAACUGAUGGCUUCAUUGGGUGUUCGUAAGUUCCAAGAGUUGGUGGGUCGCACUGACCUACUUCGUGUUCGUGAUUCCUGUUCUCCAAAAGUGAAACUUCUGGAUUUGUCUCAGAUACUUAAGAAUGCACUACACAUGAGACCUGGAGUGAAUAUUAUUGGAGGAUCUGUCAGACAGGAAUUUGGACUGGAAUCUCAUCUUGAUCAUCAGAUUUUGAAGGAAGCAGAACCUGUACUAAAUGGUUCUCUUGACACGGUAACAAUUAACACAACAAUCCACAACGAAGUUCGUGCCUUUUGCUCGACACUCUCAUAUCACAUUGCCUUAAAAUAUGGAGAAGAUGGACUCCCAAAGAACAGCAUUCAGAUCAACCUCACGGGAUCUGCUGGUCAGAGCUUCUGUGCUUUCCUUGCAAAUGGUGUCACUGUUACUCUUGAGGGAGACUCCAAUGACUAUGUUGCGAAGGGACUAUCCGGAGGUGAGGUAGUGAUUUACCCACAGAGGAAUUUACCCGAUGAAUAUAGAAGUGAGGAGAAUAUCAUUGUGGGCAACGUUUGUUUAUACGGUGCUACCAGUGGAUUAGCAUUCUUCCGAGGAGUAGCUGCAGAGAGGUUCUGUGUUCGUAAUUCAGGAGCUGUAGCUGUUGUUGAGGGAGUUGGAGACCAUGGGUGUGAGUACAUGACAGGAGGACGUGCACUGAUUCUUGGUUCAACUGGACGCAACUUUGCUGCUGGCAUGUCUGGAGGUAUUGCUUAUGUGCUGGACCCCAAGGGUGAAUUUCCAAGCAAAUGUAACAUGCAGACUGUGGAACUUCUUCCACUUAAGCAGUCUGAUGACAUUGCAUAUAUUGGAAAUCUGCUGCGACAGUUUCAUGAUAAGACAGGCUCAAAGGUUGCUGCUAGCCUGCUCAUGGACUGGCCAGCUCAAGCCAGCAAGUUUGUCAAGGUGUUCCCAUACGAGUACCAGCGAGCCUUGAGGCAACUUGGAGAAGGAAGCAGCAGCAGUCAAGCACUUCCUGAAAAGACUAAAGUUGAAGCCAAACCUGAGCCUGUCAUCUGUGAUAUUGAAGAAUCUGUAAUGGAUGCAACCAUGGGAAAAAAAGAGGCUGGAGAAAAUUCUUGACAAACUAGGGGCUUCAUGAAGUACAAGCGUGAAACAGCCAUGUAUCGGUCAGCUGAGAAACGCCAAAAGGAUUGGGAAGAAAUCUAUAAUUUUGAUGGUAUACGCCGUGGCUUACGCGUGCAAGCAGCAAGAUGCAUGGACUGUGGAGUUCCCUUCUGCCAGUCAUCACAUGGCUGCCCCCUGGGAAACAUUAUUCCCAAGUGGAAUGACCUUGUAUUCAAUAAUAACUGGAAGGAAGCACUCAGUCAACUCUUGCAAACCAAUAAUUUCCCAGAAUUUACUGGCAGAGUUUGUCCUGCUCCUUGUGAAGGCGCUUGUGUUUUGGGCAUAAAUGAGCCUGCAGUUACAAUAAAAAAUAUUGAAUGUGCCAUUAUUGAUCAUGCAUUUGAACAAGGCUGGGUUAAGCCUGAGCCCCCAACACAAAUGACAGGAAAGAAAGUGGCUAUUGUUGGCUCUGGACCUGCUGGUUUGGCUGCAGCACACCAGCUCAACAAGGCUGGUCACUGUGUAACUUUGUUUGAGCGGAAUGAUCGCAUUGGUGGCUUGCUGCAGUAUGGCAUCCCUACCAUGAAACUUAGCAAGGAGGUGGUGCAACGAAGAAUUGAUCUCAUGAGAAAGGAAGGCAUUGUUUUCAAGACUAAUGUUAAUGUUGGAAAGGACAUAUCAGCCAGAGUAAGGAAAGAUUUUUGUUUUUAUAUAUAUAUUUUUUUUCUUUGGCUGUCUACCACCAAGGCAGGAUGACAAAAGAAAGUAGAG